AUGUUCGCUCGCCAGGCUUUCCGUCCCGCCCGCACCCUCACCAACUCCGUCCGCAGAUACGCGACCGAGGCCCCCAAGCAGAGCUCCAAUGCUGCUCUCUACGGCGCGCUGGGCAUCGUCGCCGCCGGUGCUGGCUACUGGUACCUGAACAGUUCCAAGGGCGCCGCUCCCGCACUUGCAGCCUCCAAGCCGGCCGAAAAGACCUUCAAGGGCGGCGACCAGGGCUUUGUUUCGCUCGUGCUCGAGGACGUCGAGGUGCUCAGCCACAACACCAAGCGUUUCCGCUUCAAGCUCCCGGCCGAAGACCAUGUUUCUGGUCUCAACGUUGCCUCCGCGCUGUUGACCAAGUACAAGGGCCCGGAGAUGGAGAAGGCUGUUCUGCGGCCGUACACUCCGGUCAAUGACGAGGAUUCCCGUGGCUAUCUCGACCUCAUCGUCAAGAAGUAUCCCAACGGCCCCAUGUCGUCGCACUUGCACGACAUGGCCCCCGGCCAGAGCCUUGAUUUCAAGGGCCCGCUCCCCAAGUUCCAGUGGGCCCCGAACAAGCAUGAGCACAUUGCCCUGAUCGCCGGAGGUACCGGCAUCACUCCCAUGUACCAGCUCAUUCGCGCCAUCGUCAAGAACCCCGAGGAUAGGACAAAGAUCACACUUGUUUACGGAAACGUCGGCGAGGAUGACAUCCUGUUGAAGAAGGAGCUUCAGGAACUGGAGAACACCUACCCUCAACGCUUCCGCGCCUUCUACCUCUUGGACAACCCGCCGGCCGGGUGGACCCAGGGCAAGGGCCGUGUCACCAAGGAGGUGCUCAAGACGGUGCUGCCUGAACCAAAGGAGGGCGAGAAGCUCAAGAUCUUCGUCUGCGGUCCGCCCGGUAUGUACAACGCCAUCUCGGGCAACAAGGUUAGCCCCAGGGACCAGGGCGAGCUGUCGGGUAUUCUGAAGGAGCUCGGAUAUGACAAGGAGCAGGUUUACAAGUUCUAG